GCGAAGGCAGCGGAGACGGAGACGGAGACGGAGGAGGAAGGAGGAGGACCUCAAGAGGCAUGUGGCAAACAGGAGGAUGAGCGUGCCCGGCGCCCGGCAGGAUUACGAUGGAGACGCGCUGCGGCGGCCUCUUGUUCAGCUCCAAGUUUGACUCUGGGAACUUGGCUCAUGUGGAGAAGGUGGAGCACCAGGAGGGAGACCUCGACAUCACGGGGAAUGGCGGCAGCAGCAGCAGUGGAGGCAGCACCUCCAUGGUGUUCGGCAGCUCCCUCCCCUUCGCCGAUUACGAGUUCAACGUCUGGACGAAGCCGGACUGCGGAGAAACCGAAUAUGAGAAUGGAAACAGGUCCUGGUUCUACUUCAGCGUGCGUGGAGGCGUGCCCGGCAAGGUCAUCAAGAUCCACAUUGUGAACAUGAACAAGCAGACCAAGCUCUACUCACAGGGAAUGGCCCCCCUGGUCAAGACUGUGCCUGCCAGGCCUCGCUGGGAGCGCAUUCGAGAGCGGCCGGCCUUUGAGAUGGUGGAGACCCAGUUUGUCCUCUCCUUUGUGCACCGCUUCCUGGACUGCCGCGGGGCCACCACCUACUUUGCCUUCUGCUACCCCUUCUCCUACACGGAGUGCCAGGAAAUGCUGGCCCAGCUGGACGCCCACUUUGCCGAGUGCAGGCACCUCUCUCCCAGCAGUGUCCAACAUUAUAGUACCGUGAGUCGGAAGACAGGCACAGACCCUCGAAGGCAGGUGGAAGGGAAGCUGCGCCCCACCAUCCACCGAGGGAGGAAGUGCCUCCGGAGAGGACGCCCCAGGGGCAGGAAGGAGGAGGCCGGCCCGGCCAAGGGCGCACCCUCCCUGGAUUCCAUCUAUUACCAUCGGGAAGUGCUCUGCUUCUCCCUGGACAAGCUCCGCGUGGAUCUGCUGACCAUCACCUCUCACCACGGCAUGCAGGAGGAGCGGGAGGCCCGGCUGGAGAAGCUCUUCCCGGACAAGAACACCCCGCGGCCACACUGCUUCCUGGGCAAGAGGGUGUUCUUCCUCAGCAGCAGAGUCCAUCCUGGGGAGACGCCCUCGAGCUUCGUCUUCAACGGCUUCCUGGAGUUCAUCCUUCGGGAGGAUGACCCUCGGGCCCAGAUGCUGCGCCGCAUGUUUGUCUUCAAGCUCAUCCCCAUGCUCAACCCGGACGGGGUGGUGCGGGGCCACUACCGGACAGAUGCUCGGGGUGUGAACCUGAACCGCCAGUACUUGGAACCAGACGCGGAGCAGCACCCGGCCGUCUAUGGGGCCAAGGCGGUCAUGCUCUACCACCACGUCCACAACCGCGUCCAGCCUGGCGUCCCCGACUGGCGGACCUGCGCCAACGCCCUGGGCCCCAAAGCCUCCAACCAGCACACUUCCUGCAGCGAAGCCCCCGCCGAGGAGGCUCCUCUCUCCCAGCUAGAGAAAGCCAACAAUCGCCGCAACUGCCCCAGGAGGGCCCGCACCCCGUCGCCAGAGGCCUCCGAGGCCUCCGAGGGGCCCGAGCAGGACUCCUGGAUCCUCUCGGAUGAGGGACACCCUGAGGACUCUGAGAGCGAAGCCGAGAGCCUCCCCGCCCCAGAAGCCAUCCCGCCACAGCAGAGCGGCCUGGCUUACUACGUCGACCUGCACGGCCAUGCCUCCAAGCGCGGCUGCUUCAUGUACGGGAACAAUAUCUUGGAUGAGAACCAACAGGUUGAAAACAUGCUGUUCCCGAAACUCAUCUCGAUGAACUCAGCCCACUUUGACUUUGGGGGCUGCAACUUCUCCGAGAAGAACAUGUACGCCAAAGACAAGCGGGACGGACAGUCCAAGGAGGGCAGCGGGCGGGUGGCCAUCUACAAGGCCUUGGGCAUCAUUCACAGCUACACCCUGGAGUGCAAUUACAACACCGGGCGAUCUGUCAACACGGUCCCGGCAGCCUGCCACGACAACGGGCGGGCGACCCCUCCUCCUCUCCCGACUUUCCCCUCCAAAUACACUGUGGAGCUGUUUGAGCAGGUGGGUCGGGCCUUGGCCAUUGCCGCGCUGGACAUGGCGGAGUGCAACCCCUGGCCCCGCAUCGUCCUCUCGGAACACAGCUGCCUUAGCAACCUGCGCGCCUGGAUGCUGAAGCACGUGCGGAGCAUGAGGGGGGUGGUCGCCUGCUCCCGGCGGAAGGGCGCCAGGACCCCUCCCAAGGGGGCCAACGGCAUCUCAGCCUCCGCCUCGGAGAACUCCCUCUGCCGGACCCGGAGCUUCAGCAACGGGAGCAGCAGCAGCCAGCAGGCCUCCCCACAGGUCAAGGCCUCCCCCAGCUUCACCUUCAGCUGCUCCCACCCCUCGGCCUCCCUGGGCGGCAUGGGGCAGGGCGCCCCCCCAAAAGGGGCCUCCAGGGUGCUGGCCCUCGUGCGAGAGCCGCGGGUCCAGGAGAAGCGGCGCCACCAGCACCAGACCUUGCUGAGAGCGGCAGUGACCAGCCUGCAGGCCCCCUCGGGGCUCGCCUCCUCGGCCAGGACGGCCUCCCACCUCCAGCUGCCCCCCGGCCUGGGCGCCUGCACCCUCCACAUGACAGGGCCCGGCUGCAACAGCCUCCUGGCCAAGGCUGGCACUGCCUGCCAUGGGCUCCGGGAAGCAGACCACCCCCACGAGGAGCUGAAGCCCCCUCCUCCCUGUGGCCUGGCCCUGCUCCAGAACCUUUCCAGGCGGCUGAAUAGUGAGAAGCUGUCAGACGCUUCCAGCCUGGAGAUCCUGAUGCCGCGUCCCAGCCGGAUCCCUAUCCGCAGGAAGCCGGCCAGCCAGACCCAGCACUUGCUCCAGCUCCAGAGCUGUAUGGAUGACUCUGCCCUCAAAGUCUGGAAAUACACCUCCCAGUUGCCAGCACAGAGUUCCCUACCAGAGUUCCCGCUGGAGGUGCCCGACCUGACCGUCGCGGGGCAGAGAGAGGAGCCGCUUUUUCUCUGCAACCCUCCCAAGGUUUUGCUGGACGAGGUACGGGGGGCCGGGAGCGUGGCCCAGCAGCCACCAUCUGCUGCUGCUGGUGUUUCUCUCUGCCGCCGCUACCCUCCCCUCGAGCCCCUUGCGCCCCUCGCCUGGAGGCAGAGGCAGCAGCAGCGGGAGAAGCUGAAGCCGCCACCGCCACCGCAGCGUCCUCAGCGCGGGAUCGGCAGCGGCCCCCCGCCCCUGUGAAGCCGAGGGCAGCCCCGCCCGGCGCCCUGAGCCCGCUCUCUCUGUUGCAGCAUCUCUCGGGGCAGGCAGACGCCCCGCAGCUCACCUACCACAAGAUCCUCUCCUUCUGCACUGAAGCCUGACGGGCCGGGAGGGGCAGGGAUGCAGCGGCCGGCCACCUCCGCCACCAGCAGCGCCGCCCCAGAGCCAGCCCCGUGGAAGACGCCCUGCCUCUCGGCCUCCGAGGGGGGCCCCCGGCGCCACCCUCCCCUUGGGCCUGCCCCGCGCCCACAGCCCUGCCCCUUCAAGCCAAAGCUGCUCUUCGGGACCCCGCAGCCCCUGCUCCUGGCUCUCAGCCGCCUCCCAGAGUGUAGAGCCCCCCGGCCACCUCCCACGUGCAGACCGCUGCCGAAGACACCAAAGGCCUGAAGGAGAGCGGCGGACCCUUCCAUCCCCUCCUCGUUGCCCUCUUGGGGGGGGGGGGGGGCAACUCCACCUCCUCCUCUCUGUCUACUCCGUGUUCUGCCUCAAGGAUCCGACAGCUGCCUUCCUUCCUGUCUCCCCUGAAGGGUCCUGCCUGAGAUUCGGGGAGCCCACCAGCCGCUCUUUGGCAGCCUUGGGAAGU